GUUACCAUAAAGAUCCAGUUGUAACGGUUUUUAAAAUUUCAAAUCAGUUCUGGACAUUGAAUGAACAAAGUUGAAUCAAAAUAAUUCGAAAAAGUGGAAAAAUAAAGGAUACAGACACUAUAAUUAAGUGUUUAUAGUCAUUGGAUAUUAUAACCGAUCUAUCAAAUCAUAUAAAUAAAUUAAAGUAGCCUAUUCGAUGUGAUUUUAGACGAAUUUCGAGAAUAAAGUUAAUAUUUACAAAUUUAAAGUGAACAAAUUCUCUGUUUUCUAAUCUUCAAAAUCCUUAUCAGUGAUAAUUAUUAAAUAUAAUUAACAAAUAAUACAUGCUGUGAAUCACGAAAUGAGAUAUGGAAUGUGAAAGUAAAAACCUUGAGUUAAAAAAUUAUGUUGAUGAAAAAAUGGAAAAUGGCAAAGUAGAAAAGCACAUAAAUGGUAGUCUGGACAAGGAAAAUGCCAAUCCAAAUGCAGAAAAAAAAGCUACACAAAGAAGACAUGAUGAACCAAGCGAGCUCAGCUUUGAAAUUUUUCCCGAAAAUGCAGAGGAGAAAAUUAAGAGACAACAAAUUGAAAAGGCACUUGAAAAGGACUCAAAUACGACUUUAGAGCAGUGGAGGCUUUUCGCAAGAAGUGAAUAUGGCUUAAUAAAUGACGAUUUAAGACAGAAGGUUUGGCCUUUAUUGGUAAGCGUUGAUGUUACACAAUGCGAUCCAGUUCCAACGUUAGAGGAAUUAAUGAGUCAUCCAGAGUAUAAUCAAGUUGUCCUUGAUGUCAAUAGAAGUUUAAAACGUUUCCCCCCAAGUAUAGCACCAGCGAAACGUCUAGCUUUACAGGAUCAAUUAACGGCUAUAAUAUUAAGAGUUAUAAGCAAAUAUCCACAUCUUUCGUAUUAUCAAGGAUAUCACGAUGUUGCCGUAACAUUCUUACUUGUGUGCGGAGACGAGAUUGCAUUCCACAUUAUGGAAAUCUUAUCGACCGAUCAUUUAGUGGAAUGCAUGCAAAAGACUUUCGAAAUUGUACAAAAACGUCUAUUAUUAAUUUAUGCUAUCGUCUGGCGCGAGAAUAAGGAUUUAUACGAAUAUUUAGAAAGGAGUCAAUGUGGACUGUUAUUUGCACUUCCAUGGUACUUAACAUGGUUUGGUCACAGUUUAAAUCAAUAUCGUUCCGUAGUUCGAUUAUAUGAUUACUUUUUGGCAUCGGAACCGUUAUUGCCAUUAUACGUGACAGCGGCAAUCGUGCUUUAUCGCGAGGAAGAUAUUUAUCGAGAAGAAUGUGAUCGAGCAUCACUCCAUUGUCUCUUAUCGCAAUUACCUGACGAAUUGCCUUUCGAAUAUCUAUUAAUUCAGAGCGAGAAGCUUUAUGCGAAAUAUCCGCCACAUAAUCUUCAUAAAGAUAUUGAGAAAAUUAUCGAAAGAGAACAAAAGAUUCGAGAGGAAGAAGACAAAGUAUUUGAGACAAGACGACAGUUAAUACAGAGGAAGAGACAACCAGUGCCAACGCCUCAACCAUUUAUCUAUAAACUUAUUCCAAGAAAACUUAUUCUUCACCGAAGAUCAAUCUUUGUCUCGACAGCAUUUAUUGUGAUCGGAAUAUUUGCAUAUUACUACAAGGCACACAAUAACAUCAAUGUAGACGUUAUCAGAUGAGGUUUACUGUAUCAACCGCUUCAACUUUAUCAUAGAUUUUUAUUGAAAUGAGCUGACACUUUUAUGGAUCUUAAAGUAAAUUUUCUUCUUGAUUUUAUAUGACAUUCAUUAUUUUAAAUGCUGGUUAACUUUGUUGUUAUAGACUUUUUUUUAUAAUACAAUAUUUUAAAUGUGAUUUUUGAGCGCAUUUUCUGUUUGCUGGAGAUACUUUUUUAAGCUUUUUAAUGCGAUACAGCCACUUGAAGUGACUAAGGAAUAGAUUCAAUUGGUUGAACUGUUUUAUGAAUUUAUAACGGAUUUCUUUUAAAAAUGUUGAACUAUGAUUUUGUUUGAAAUUUUUUUAAGCGGUUGAAUUUUUAAAACUCAAAUGACAGUUAUUUUUCAAAUUUUAAAUGAACGUUAUUCUUUGCAAACAAAAUGCGCUUUUGACGGUUACUCAUGACCACAUACUAGUUUUAUAAACUGUAAUUAAAUCUUCCUUUAGAGUAGGAAAGAAAAAAAAGAUUUUAUGAACCAAAAUUAAAGAUGAGAAAAGUGCAUUCUAGGAAGAUUAUAGACGAAAUAUAUAUAAACAUAACUUAAUAAUGAUGAUUGAAUAAAUAUUUAUAAAAAGUUUCUUUUGGAAAAUCAGAAAAUGAAUAUAGAAUGAAAUUUUUAAAUGUGAGGAAUAAGCUGGUUUUGAACGAAAUUCUUCAAUCUUGACUUUUGUAGUCAAUUAGCAAUAAUUUCCAAAAUUAUAGGCAUGCAAAAAUUUAUUAAGCUUUAUCGUAAACACAAUUUUAAUUAAGGUAAAUUAAGCAACGCUAGAAGUAUGAAGUAAUCCUCUAUUUGUUAUGUGUAAAUAAUCACCUAAAUUAGCUAAUCAAUAAAAACAAUAAAUAAAUUUCUAGGUAUUAAUGCUUUUCAAUUACAAAAUUUUAUGUAAU